UGGCAGUGAGAAGAUGGCGGCGCCCACGGGGGAGGCCUCUCCCGGGCCGGCGCCCGGCGCUGCGCCCUUCGGCAACUUCCCCAACUACUCCCGGUUCCACCCGCCCGAGGGCCGCGUCCGCCUCCUGCCCCGCGGCCUCCUGCGGAGCCUCUUCCCCGCGCCCGCGCGCCCGCUGCUCGGCCUCGAUGUGGGCUGCAACUCGGGGGUGGAAGCCGAGCCAGCUUGCAGGGCAGGGAGGAAUCUUGCCUCGGAUGUCUCUCUCUGGCUCAAUCUCCCCCUUUCCGUCUUUCAGAAAGAGAAUUCCCUUUAGUAGCUGGGAUCCCCAGCCAACUUCUCAUCUCCCACAAAGAAGGAAGUACGUACUUGUAAUAGGCUGUGGCCAGAACGUGUAGCCAGCGCUAUCUUGCUGUCCUGAUGAGGGGAGAGAGAUGAAGGGUGACACAUUCAGGCCAGACUUUGAAAUCUCAUGGAGGAUUUACAACCUGAUAGUCCCUUUGAGGCUUCUGCAUUAGCUCAUACAACUCAUUUUUGUCGCUGCCUCUCCUGCACAGGAACCCAGGAAUUUAAGCAGAAACCUGUCUCCUUUGGAUUGUGGACCAGUGUGUUGGGUAUUUCCAUGUGCACAGUUCUGCCCACCGAAACCACGCUGAUGUUAACUCGAACAGGAGAGAGAAGGCAAACCCAGGGCCAGCAGUGGCAUCUCUGAUCUGCCCUGCUGCUGGCAGAGCAUGGGGUGAGUGUCCAAGGCUGCGGCUGGCUUUGGUUUAUAUUAAACUAGGCUGCACCGGGCACUAAGCUGAGGCCUCUUCCCUCUUUCCUGCUGUGUGUAACUGCAAGAGAGUUACAAAUCGGUGCAUACCCGUUCUUAUUUCAAUCUCCAUUUAGGCAAGUGGAGAGGAACGGGGAAGCUUUGAGGACACGGGGACUGGAGCUGUCCCGUUACAACCCUUACUAUGGUGUCCAGCAGAGCCCCUGUUCCCCUCCCCUGCUGCAGCCUGUGGUGAAGGCAAAGGGAAGCGCCAGGGCUGCACCAGGCGUGUCCUGUCCCUUCCCUGUCCCUUCCCUGUCCUUUGCCUGUCCCGUGCCUGUCCCUUGCCUGUCCCGUGCUUGUCCCUUCCCUGUCCCGUGCCUGUCCCUUGCCUGUCCCGUGCCUGUCCCUUGCCCGUCCCUUCCGUCCCGCUCGGCUCCGCAGGCUGGGGGUGGGCACGCCGCCAGGCACACCCAGCUCCCCGGCAGUAAAACGAUCCUUCUCCUGCCCUCGGGCCAAGCCCAGUUUUCCUAACGGAUAAAAGGGGAGGCGGCCGGAGCGCCGCUCACUCCCUGCGCUCCAGCGACGCUUCCCUGAGCCUCGAGGGGUGUAGGUACCGCCGGCACCCGCGGAGCAGCCAUGUCCCGCUCUGUGAGCUUCAGCUCCCGCUCUGCCGCCGCCCCUGGCAUCAGCCAAGUGCGGAUCAGCACCGUCUCCUCCACCCGGGGGCUCGGAGGGGGCUCCGGCUUAAGCCGGGCCGGAGGCUUUGGCAGCUCCAGCCUCUACAGCCUCGGCUCCACCAACAAGCGGAUGUCCCUCGGGGGUGGCAGCUCCUACAGCGUUCGCUCUGGAUACGGCUAUGGGGGCAUGGGGUUCGGUGGGGCGCCCAGCUCCGGCAGCAUUCAGGAGGUCACCAUCAACCAGAACCUCCUGACACCCCUGAAUCUGGAGAUCGACCCCAACAUCCAGCGAGUGCGCAAGGAGGAGAAGGAGCAGAUCAAGACCCUCAACAACAGAUUCGCCUCCUUCAUCGACAAGGUCCGGUUCCUGGAGCAGCAGAACAAGAUGCUGGAGACCAAAUGGAGCCUCCUCCAGGACCAGAAAACCACCCGCAGUAACAUUGCUCCCAUGUUUGAGACGUACAUCAGCAACCUGCGGCGGCAGCUCGAUGGGCUGUUGAAUGACAAAGGGCGUUUGGAGGGCGAGCUGAAGAACAUGCAGGAUCUUGUUGAGGAUUUCAAGACCAAGUAUGAAGAUGAGAUCAACAAGCGCACGGCGGCAGAGAAUGAGUUUGUGGUGCUCAAGAAGGAUGUGGAUGCUGCCUACAUGAACAAAGUGGAGCUGGAGGCCAAGGUGGAUGCGCUGACGGAUGAGAUUAACUUCCUGAGGUCUCUCUAUGAAGCGGAACUUCAAGAGCUGCAAGCCCAGAUCUCUGACACCUCAGUGGUGCUGUCUAUGGAUAACAGCCGAAACCUGGACCUGGACAGCAUCAUCGCAGAGGUCAAAGCACAGUAUGAGGAGAUUGCCAACAGGAGCCGGGCGGAGGCUGAGUCCUGGUACCAGAGCAAGUACGAGGCCCUGCAGGUCACUGCGGGGAAGCACGGGGAUGACCUGCGCAACACCAAGAACGAGAUCGUGGAGAUCAACCGCGUGAUCCAGAGGCUGCAGGGGGAGAUUGAAAACGCAAAGGCCCAGCGUGCCAAGCUGGAGGCAGCCAUCGCUGAGGCUGAGGAACGCGGGGAGCUGGCCCUCAAGGAUGCCAGGGCGAAGCUGGAGGAGCUGGAGGCAGCUCUGCAGAAGGCCAAGCAGGACAUGGCCCGGCAGCUCCGGGAGUACCAGGAGCUCAUGAACGUCAAGCUGGCCCUGGACAUUGAGAUCGCGACCUACAGGAAGCUGCUGGAGGGAGAGGAGAGCAGGUUGGCUGGCAAUGGAGUUGGCAGCGUCAACAUCUCCGUGGUCAGCUCCAGUGGUGGAGGUGGCUUUCUGGGAGGAGGAGUCGGAGGAGGCCUUAGCCUGGGCUCAGGAAUGGGCAGCGGAGCUCUCGGCUUCUCCUCUGGAGGUGCCACCAGGUCCUACACUGUCACCACAACCUCAUCCAGCAGGAGAAGCUUCAGGAAGUAACGCCAGGAGUGGAGAUCAGCGGUACCCGUUACAUGGGAGGGGGGAAACCAUAGAAAGAGAAGUCUUUGUUGCCUUUAUAGGACAAACUGGCUGCAGAAUUUCAGCAUUAGUGAAUGAAUUGGAGUAAGACACACCAGUACCUGCCCCGGCCACAUCACCCCAGGCUUGAUCCUGCCCUCCUGAACUUGGUGGGAACCAUUCCACUGAGAGCAGGUUCAAGCCUGUAGGGUGAAACUCAUCUGGUGAAGCAGGAGGGAUAGUGCUUUUGUUACUUGUGUGCUUGGUACCCCCUGCUCAGGGCUGGAUUUCACCCUUUGAAAGGCAAAGCAAUCAUUUGAGUGGCAAGGAAUUCCACACUUGUACUGUGGUUUUGGAAAACACACCAGGAGAUUAUCUGCCUUGUAAUAGGAUUUGGAAGAUUUCAUUCCCUUGGGCUCCUCAGAACAGGUCAACCCUUGCUGAGAUUGCAGCCUGGGUUAGUUUUGUUAAUGUUUACCAAGAAGAAAACAGUGAAACUGCUUUGGGGUUCUCCUUAUUUUCUUUGAAAUGGGCUCAGAAAUAGAAUUCAGCGAUUCUACUCUGACUGAAGCUGAUUUCUUACCGAAGGCAAUGCAGGCAGAUUUACUUUCAGGCUCUUUAUAGCCAACUAAGUCAUGAAGAAGCUCCCCCCUCCCAUUCCCUCUACUUAAAAGAAGACCAAAGCUUAAGGGAUAUGAAGUUGCUUAAACAUUCCCCAUCACCGAGUGUCUGUUUACCACUUUCAAAGUGUCUUUCAAAGUGUAUCUAGUGAUAUCUGGUGCCUCAACUACAGGUAGGGAAAAGUGUGGUUUGUUGAUGCAUCAUUACAAUAACUUCUCGUUCCUGCCAAAAUGUCUCUUCAGCUGAACCGUGCCAGGGCAAUAGGUUCUUGCUGCAGUUGGAAGGAUUCUUGGAUAAGUAACUCGCAGAAGCUACACAGAAUUGUUGCAUUUCAUGCUCAGCCAUGUCCUAGCAGUGCAUCUUUGGUUGCUCUUUUAUGCCUUUGUGGUCUGAGAGUUUGUCAUGAGGCUGUUAAUAAAGUUUCCCUGUUGCAUGCUG